UCGAAUAUUUCAUUUCAAUAUCCGUUAUCAUCUCCUGGUGAUUUCCGUCGCUCUCACCCAUUGCAGUUGUGAUAACACCUUAACGAAAGAGACAAAAAGAGAAUAAAUGAAAGAAGAGGCCACAGCCCUGCCUCCUAGUGCGAUAAAUUCAAGAAUGGUGGUGCCGGUUACGUUUUUUAGGUUAAAUAAAUCAUCAAUAAAUUUAUAUUUUUUAUUUAUCCAUGAAUCCAGAGGGUAAUUUGGUGGUAAAUCUAUACGUCAAAGAUGGACAAUAGAAUAGCAAUUUAUGAUCCAGACGACGAUGACAUUGAUAAUGACCUAUUCGGUGAUGUUGAGCCUGUAACAUGGUCGAAUGAUGAUCCUGAUCUCGACGAUAUAAACACGUUCUUUCAUCGAGUUGAUUCCGAUCAAAUUAUUUACGAGGAGAAGAAGAAGAGGUGUAAAUUAAUUGGCAAGUAUGUAAUGGGAGAUUUGUUGGGGGAGGGAAGUUAUGGCAAAGUCAAGGAGAUGCUCGACUCUGAAACUCUCUUCAGACGUGCUGUCAAGAUAUUGAAGAAGAAAAAACUCAGGAGAAUACCCAAUGGCGAGGAAAACGUCAAGAGGGAGAUUAAAAUGUUGAAAAGAUUGAAACACCGAAAUGUCAUAGAGCUGGUCGACGUUUUGUACAAUUCAGAGAAAGAGAAGAUGUAUUUAAUCAUGGAGUUCUGCAUCGGUGGACUGCAGGACAUGCUGGAGAGUGUCCCAAGCAAGAGGUUCCCCAUCUGGCAGGCCCACAGCUAUUUUACACAACUGGUUGAUGGACUGGAGUAUCUCCAUGGCCAGGGGAUCAUCCACAAGGACAUCAAGCCAGGAAAUUUAUUAUUAACACCUGGGGGAACUCUGAAGAUCAGCGAUUUCGGAGUGGCAGAGGCUUUAGAUUCAUUCGCUAUUGAUGAUACUUGCACUAUGGGCCAGGGAUCACCGGCGUUUCAGCCUCCGGAGAUAGCAAAUGGUUGUGAGACAUUUGCUGGAUUCAAAGUGGAUAUUUGGAGUAGUGGAGUCACUCUGUACAAUAUAACGACUGGAUUAUAUCCAUUCGAGGGAGAUAACAUUUACAGACUAUACGAGAAUAUUGGCAAGGGGGAGUACACGAUACCAGAGGGAGUCGAAGGUGAACUAGCUUCUCUACUCGUGGGAAUGCUGCAGAAGGAGCCAGAAAAGAGAUUCACAAUACAAGAGAUCAGGCACCACCCCUGGACAAUUUGUCGUUUUGAGAGAACCAACGAGGAAGUCGCUGUGCCACCCCCAAAGGGCAGCACCUGCCACAGAAUGACGGUUUUACCUUAUCUCAUGGAAUAUUAUUACGGAGAAGAUCAAGAUCCUACUUAUUAUACAGAGAGACAACUGAAUGAGGAAAGGAGACUUCUAGAGUUGGACCGAGCCAAUAGCGAUCAAAAGAGCAAUUCCAGCAAAACAAAUCCACACAAUCCGAAAAGACGUUGGCGUAAGCCAAUCUCCUGCAUUAGUGUUAAAAAAUUCACAUCCUGCAAACCCUCGUGAUUCAACGUGUUUUAUUUAUCAUAAAAAAAUGCAAAAUCUAUGAUUGAUGGAGAAUACCGAGAAUGACUUGAGUUAAGAAAAGUGCUGAAUACAAAACAGGCAUGAAGUGGUAAGAGCAAACGCAGAAUCCACAUCCUUUCGUUUGCUCCCAGCCUUUAACGAAGGUAUUGAGCAUAAAUUUUUGUGAUAUUAAUGUUAAUUAGUUCGGGUAAGUGAAGUCGAGAGAACCAUCAAUGGAAUAAUCAUUCUGUGCCAUAAGAACUAAAAUGUACUUUCCUAAUCUGCCAAACAAUUUCAAAGAAAAUUUUCGUAAUAUAUUUUUUAAUCGAU